UCACAUUGCAACUUUAAUAUUGGGCCUACACAGCACACUGAAGCACUGGAAAGAUGAUAUCUCAGAAGGAAGUUGGCUGGAGUCGAUUAGUGGAGAUGGCAGACCGCCGCACUGACCCGGUUUCAACUCUUGUUAACGAUAGUGAGGCUCGCCGAUUGAUACAGGCCUAUUUAAUUAACGAUGGUAUAGUAACUAAAUUUUACUAUAGUAAAACGCAAACACUUAGCAAACAGUGAUCAAGACCUGCCCUUACAUCUUUGUGAAACGUAUGCAUACAUUAAUGUGCGUGCACACACUCAGACAAAUGCAUAACACAGAGACAUGAUGCAUGAUACAAAAUAAUACAUAAAAAAAGUCAAUGCACCAUUGCAUUCAUGCACGCAUCCAAACACAUAACAUGCGUUGGUAUGUGGGAUAUGCAGAUGUUAAAAAAAAAUGUGUGAACCCAUGUUUUGUUUCAAAUCAACUUUGACCCACUAAGCCCCUGAGCUGAUGGAAGGUUAGGCCAAGCCAUGCAUCCAGAGGUUGAAGGUUAGGGCAUGCACAGCAUUCCAUGCUUGUUUAGCUGUGCCAAAAAUUCCUCCUAAGCUUCUGUGCUUGAAAGUAAAAUUGCUCUCCUGCUGAAAAAAAUACAAUUUGUAUGAAUAUAUACUCAAACAUACAUAUACAGACAGACACACAAGUGCAUACUUUGUAUAUCAAUUGUACAUAAACGAACACAAAACACAAUCCACAAUCGCAAUGCAUAUUUAACCAAUAUAUAUUUUUUAAUUGGUUGGAAGUUGUAACUUUGUUUUGAUUGGUUUACAAAAGAAAGCACUUUGAUUGGCCAAAAGCCUAAGCACCCACUCAUUCAUAAACCCAUGGAGGUAUAUAUAUAACACCCUCUGCUGAUACUAUACAACAUAUUUCAAGGGGACUAUCAGUUAUAUAAAUUAUAUAUAUAUAUCAAUUCGACACAAAUAUAAAUCAGGGUAGAGGGACGAUGAUUGUGCUGAAGAUUUCUGCUGUCCUGCUUGCGUAUGCCCUGGUCAGCAUCCAGAAGCCCAGCCUGCACGCUGCACCGUCCAGAGCCGCUUCAGGGACAGAGUCGGACCGAGUUUCACUAGUCAGGCAUAGCGCCCAGAAGCUCCUUGACGCUCUCUUCCAGGAAUUCAUGCAUACCACCUCAGCUGAGCAACCGCCGAACGUGGCUAAAGGAAACAGUGUGACAGCAGAGAAACGGGCGUGCAACACAGCCACAUGCGUGACCCACAGGCUAGCUGACUAUCUGAGUCGCUCAGGGGGAACGGGUAACAGAAACUUUGUCCCCACCAACGUUGGAGCCCAGGCUUUCGGCAGACGGAAACGACACAGCCCCUUAUGAAUUCUGGAGGGCUAACACUAUAGGCUUGAGAAAACCAAGAUAAAUGUAUUUACUAAUAAUUGUGCCGUUUCAUAAGCCCUGUAUUAGCCCAGUGAAUGCAUAUUGGGACUAGUUGUGUAUAUAUUCCACUCUUCAUACAAUAACAAAUGUGGAUGGAUGAGUAUGUCCUCAUCUUGAUGGAAAAAUGUGUUUACUAUGUGAGCAUGAGAAAAAGAAUCUUGCAAUUAUUGCGUGUAGAAAAAAAUAAUAAAUUGUAUUUUAUCGACACAUGUGUUCAACUGUAAAAAGAUGGGACAAGAUCACUCCAAAGACGAGUAAAAAACAACAUUCAAGUCAAUGUUAAAA